UCACUUCCGGGGCUCGCACAGCCCCGCUCUCCUGCCAAGGCUCCAGGCUCAGGCAUUUGCUUGGCUGCAGCCUCCUUCCGACCUGCCCGGCGGCAGCUUCCUUCCGACCUGCCCGGCGGGACCCAGGGGACCAAGCCGAGCCGAGCCGCGGGGCCCGCUCCGGCCCGGCCAUGAGCGCGGCCGCAUGAUGCGUCCCUGCCUCGGCCGCUGCAGUCGCCGCCGCCGCCGCCGCAGGCCGGGAGGAGCCGCAGCGCCGGGCGACCCCGCCCGGGCCUCGGGUAGUGGGUGCUUGAAAACUGUUUGGUGAAUGAAUAAUUUGGCAAGGCAGAGAAAGAAUUCUAAUUGGAGGAAACAGGAGCAAAACCACAGAGCUAUGAAAGGCGAGAUCCGAUCACAUAGGACAGUAUGCACCUUAAGAUCCUGAAGAAACGGCACAAAAUGUUCAAGUGAUGUUUAGAAAUAACUUGUGAGGGUGCGUCAGGGAAAUCAUGCAGCCAUCAGGACACAGGCUCCGGGACGUCGAGCAUCAUCCUCUCCUGGCUGAAAAUGACAACUAUGACUCUUCAUCGUCCUCCUCCUCCGAGGCUGACGUGGCUGACCGGGUCUGGUUCAUCCGUGACGGCUGCGGCAUGAUCUGUGCUGUCAUGACGUGGCUUCUGGUCGCCUAUGCAGACUUCGUGGUGACUUUCGUCAUGCUGCUACCUUCCAAAGACUUCUGGUACUCUGUGGUCAACGGGGUCAUCUUUAACUGCUUGGCCGUGCUUGCCCUGUCGUCCCACCUGAGAACCAUGCUCACUGACCCUGAAAAAUCCAGUGACUGCCGACCAUCUGCCUGCACAGUGAAAACUGGGCUGGACCCAACCCUUGUGGGCAGUUGUGGUGAGGGAACCGAGUCUGUGCAAAGCCUCCUGCUUGGGGCAGUACCCAAAGGAAACGCUACAAAAGAAUACAUGGAGAGCUUGCAGCUGAAGCCCGGGGAAGUCAUCUACAAGUGCCCCAAGUGCUGCUGUAUUAAACCCGAGCGCGCCCACCACUGCAGUAUUUGCAAAAGAUGUAUUCGGAAAAUGGAUCAUCACUGCCCGUGGGUGAACAAUUGUGUAGGAGAAAAGAAUCAAAGAUUUUUUGUGCUCUUCACUAUGUAUAUAGCUCUGUCUUCAGUCCAUGCUCUGAUCCUUUGUGGAUUUCAGUUCAUCUCCUGUGUCCGAGGGCAGUGGACUGAAUGCAGUGAUUUUUCACCUCCGAUAACUGUAAUCCUGUUGAUCUUCCUGUGCCUUGAGGGUCUUCUGUUUUUCACUUUCACUGCAGUUAUGUUUGGCACCCAAAUCCACUCCAUAUGCAACGACGAGACGGAGAUCGAGCGAUUGAAAAGUGAGAAGCCCACGUGGGAGCGGAGGCUGCGAUGGGAAGGGAUGAAGUCCGUCUUUGGGGGGCCCCCCUCACUCCUCUGGAUGAAUCCCUUUGUGGGCUUCCGAUUUAGGCGACUGCCCACGAGACCCAGAAAAGGCGGCCCGGAGUUCUCAGUGUGAGGCGUGGCUCAACAGACUGAAACUUGCUCACAGACUUCCAGUUAUUUAUUUGGGGUCUGAAGGGUAUCAACAGCUCAUCUGUGACCAACAGGGCAACUGGAACCUACACAAACCAAUUGCUUGCAGCAAGCAGAGUUUUAUAUAUUUAUAGUCACAGAUGGCAGAGGAAGAGGCUCUCAGUCCCCACCUGUACAACGACGGAAAGGUGUGUGGCCACACGAAGAAGCCAAACGCCAUGGCCUCCUGCAGAGCUGGGGCUUCUGUGGAGAAUACUUCGGGUUAUUACAUGGGUUAUUCAAAUCCUGGGUCCUGAGCUGCUGUUUCCAAUCAUGAAGAAAAACAGUGAAUCCAGUGAACAGGGAUUCUCCGAGCAGUCAUUUCAGGGGGCUCCUCCUGACCCCGCCACUCAGCAGUGCACUCCCCGGAUCACAGCAGGGCGUUGACACAGAAAGACGUUUUGGUCUCGAUUAGCUCCGAUGCUUUGCACUGAAGUUGCAAAAGAUCUGUGCACUGAAUAGUGAAGGUGGCUUCCGGCACACUCCCCGCUGCCCCGGAAGAGACAUCCUUUGACCCUCUCAGCAAGUCUGUGUGUGUGCGUGUCUGUGCGUGUGUGCGCGUGUGUGCAUGUGUGUCAGAAUUGCCAGUGUUGUUUAGGCAGUGUAACAUUUACCGGCUGUGUACAGCAAACAAGCUAUUUUUUAGAAACCGACGUUUCAGGGAAGAGGGGAGAGCGCCGCGGGGUCCUGCCCGUGGUUACUAUGAAUGUAUUGCUGUUGGAGGACAUCUCGAUCCAAAGAACAGCCGUUCCUGUGCGGCCCUUCGUUGCCCUCCUGCUUUCAUUUUUUAAAGAAAUCUUGAGUGCUUGAGGGCCUUGGAACUGAUUUUUUUUUUUUUUUUUUGUUCCAGCCAAAUUAGCAGUGUAUAAAUGGCACCUAGGUAAGAGCAGAGCUGCGGCUGGGUGACUUGAUACUUGAGGCAGCCCGAUGCUGUGUGUGGGGCAGGGGAGGCAUCCCUACUGGAGAGGCAGGGCCCAGCCCUUGGGCACCUCUGGGAAGGGGAGGGGACCGUGAGGCAGCCAGCCCCUAGCAGGGGCGACUGUGCCACCGCAGGCAGCGCUCCAGUCGGGAAUGGCCAGGAUGGCGCCCUCUUGUUGGAGUUUUUGGUUAGCUUUUACGUUUUCUUCUCCACCCACGGCACAGGUGAUAAAAUAGGAUCCUUGGUGCGGAGCUUAAAAUUAUGCCAGAAAGCCAACAGCUCCCCUUGUGGGGACUUGCCUUAAACUUGCCUGGUUUGUACAUUUUUUGCCGGACGCAUCAAGAAGCAAUCUGUGACAAAGUCUGAGGGUCUUCGUUUAUGCUUGCCCUCCACACUAAGAGAAGUUGGCGUCUCCCUCCUGGGAACUGUUUUGCCUUUCUGUUCAUCUGUGAACUGUUUUUUGUUUUUAAUUACUCUGUACCCCAUCCGAAUCAGGGCUUCUACCACUGCUGAUGCAAAACCACAAAGGGACCUACCUGAGCCACCGUCCUAGCCAAGCGAGCAAACCUGCAGGGGGUUUGGAAGUGGACUUGGUCACCGCAGAAGCGUGUGCGCCAUUGGGGGAAGAGCUGCGUCACAGCCAGAGGGACAAAGUGUGGGUGAUCCUGGAGACGCCAGUUUCCGAGAUUGUUUUGCAUAUUCAUUUGCACAUUGUUGUCUGGGUUGGACAUGCGUGUGGGCUUCGGUGUGAGGCUUUUAAUAUGUAUAUCCUGUUAUCAAUAAAACAAUUAUCCAAGUGGUUGAAUCCUGUGAGACUUGGCAAAUGUGUGCAAAUCAAGUAUACUUGACUUUUCAACCUUUUCUUUCAAUGUAACUUUUAUAUGAAAUAAAGUAAUCAAUUAACAGUUCUCAAA